UUUAUCACGGGGUGCGGGGGCGAAACUGGGCGGCGUGAUGUCAUUUCCGGUCCGGUGUAAGAUGGCUAUUCCGGUGUCUCCCGGGCGGGAUGUGUUCGCGGAGGGUUUGUUGGAGCUGCUGAAGCCGGCCGUACAACAGCUGGACUGCCAUGUACACGCCGUGCGAGAGAGUCAGGUGGACCUGCGGGAGCACAUUGACAGCCUGGCGUCAGAGCUCUGCAAAAUCAACGAGGACCAGAAGGUGGCGCUGGACUUAGACCCGUAUGUGAAGAAGCUGCUGAACGCCCGGCGCAGAGUCGUCCUGGUGAACAAUAUCCUGCAGAACGCACAGGAACGCCUGAGGCGCCUGAAUCACAGCGUAGCCAAAGAGACGGCAAGGAGGAGGGCCAUGCUGGAACCGGGAGCGCACCACUCCCCAACCUCCCCCAACAAGUGAGGCUGAGAGGAGGGGGGGGACCUCUGCAGUCAAGCCAUCUUUGUUUCCUGGAGACCCCAGCCAGCCUAGGUGCGCAGGCGUCCUGGCGUGACAUCUUCCAAAACCCCAAUCAGCCCAUUAAGAAAAAAAAAA